AAUUUCCCCACCCGUCGGCCCUCGCGAGCUCCUCUUUCCCCUUCAUCUCUCUCUCUCUCUCUCUCUCUCUCUUCCGCCACAACGUCGAACUUCUCUCUUCCGCUCCCUCUCUCUCCCACCUUCUCUAUAUCUGACUGAGGCCUCCAUUGUAUAAUCGAAGCAAUCGUCUCGCUUCGCAAGUUUAUUCGUUGGUCAUGGCCGCUCAGUUGAUCGAUAGGGGAGAUCUAUGGAAGAGCAAGGCGCGGUCUCUGCAGCUCCGGCUCCGGGACCGCUUCAGAGUCGCGGUGGACCGCCACCGUCCGCCGAUGUUCGGAGACGGCUACUUCUCCGCGACCCUUCAGCGUUGGCUCCAGAGGUACCGUGAUUUUCGCAGGGAGUCGCUGCCAUCUUCCUCGUCCUUCUACCGCAAACGAGUGGGCAAGGACUUCAAUGCAGAGGAAGAUUCAGCGAUCCUCCGGAUGCUUCAGGCAGUAGCUGUGCCUGUCAUAGGAAGUGUGUGUCACGUGUUUAUGCAUGGUCUGAAUAGCGUCCAGGUUUAUGGUGCUGAGAAAUUACAUGAUGCAUUGUUAAAUAGACCGAAGGGAAAGCCACUGCUGACGGUCAGCAAUCAUGUUGCUUCUGUGGACGAUCCAUUUGUUAUUGCAUCCGUUCUUCCUCGUAAUGUUCUUUUGGAUGCCCAAAAUCUCAGAUGGACACUGUGUGCCACUGAUCGAUGCUUCACCAAUCCUGUUGCCUCAGCCUUCUUUCGAUGUGGAAAGGUGCUGCCAGUUUCCCGCGGUGAUGGAAUUUAUCAAAAGGGCAUGGACAUGGCUAUUUCCAAAUUAAACAGCGGUGGGUGGGUUCACAUCUUUCCUGAAGGUAGCCGAUCUCGGGAUGGUGGGAAAACCUUGGGAUCACCAAAAAGAGGCGUGGGGAGACUCGUCCUGGAUGCAGACAAUAUUCCUAUGGUUGUCCCAUUUGUGCAUAUGGGAAUGCAGGAUAUCAUGCCAAUCGGUGCAAAGAUUCCGGGAAUUGGCAAAACGGUGAUUGUACUCAUCGGGGAUCCUAUCCUAUUUGAUGAUUUGCUCAAUAUUGAGGAAUCCAAACGGGUCCCUAGGGGGAAAUUAUAUGAUUCAGUCGCAUCAAGGAUAGGACAUCGGCUUCAAGAACUUAAAAGUCAGCUCGACAGGCUAGCACUAGAACAAUCCAUACAACUAUGCAGCCGGUCUGUGCAGAACUCAGAGCGUGCUCUGGGAAUUCUUCAGCAGAUUGACUGGGAUUCAUUCGGAAUGGGGAGCCACAUAUUCCUCAAAGAUGAGCCUUCACAAAGUCAAGAAUCAGUGUUUCCACGAGGUUCCGAGGUGAGACGCGAGCAGGAACGGACGUCCAUUGAUUGGUACUUCAGGAUGGGUUUCCUAUACGAAGGCGGAUUCAUGUCAAGGAUGCGUGGAUUUGUUGACCCGCCUGACUUGAUGGGGUUCGCAGCGAAAGGCUUGUUCAUGAGUCGGACUGCAGAUGAAAGACCCGUAGAGAGCAUCAAGGGCGUGGGCCCAUUGAAGGCAUGGAAGCAAUUCUUGGAAGAUAAUGUCUCGCGGCCGCUGGAGUGCCUGCUGAGACCUUGCUAGAUCGAAGUAGGAGUCUACUUUUUGUGAAUGUAAAAUAUAUGAUGUUUUCUGGGGGAGCUUGUCAAAGUUUUGAUUUAGAGUUAGAAGUUAGGCACCCGACAAAAUGCGGUGUUGAAAUCCGACUUUGUAAUAUAGAGGUUGAAUGUUAUACACAAAGUAUCACGAUAUGUCCAUCCACACCUACCCUCUAGAUGGCCGACCCGGUUUCUUUCCCCAAGAAUAUUAUGGUGCCUAGUCGAGGUUAGUGUCCUGUA